AAUGGUUUUGUCUGGUAAAAUGGAGGCAAGAGAAGAGCACAUGUCAAGUGUACAUGCAGCCAUAAAAAAAAUGGAUUCUACUGUGUUAGACUGUUUUACUGCAUUAGCAGAUAGCAACGAAGGACUGAGGAUAGAAGCUGGAGUUACGUUGUUGGAGCAUGUUUUUAGGAAGCAGGUACAAUUUCAGGACGAAGGCGUAUGCCCUGAAUUGCAGUAUGCAUUGAAUCGACUGGUGCGGGGCGUUGCAUCUUCUCGAAUUACAGCAAGGAAGGGAUUCUACACUGCUCUCGUUGGCCUGUUUUCGACCUUUUCCUUUUUAACAGUGGAAGACGUUUUGGCAGCAGCAAAAAAAGAACUUCAUUCAGCUAACAGUUCUAAAAGUGAAGAAGCUGACAUUUACACAGGGCAUGUCUUGAUAUAUGGAGCCCUGAUUAGAUCGGGAUUGUUAUUCAAAGGUACAGCUGAAGAACAGACUGAGAUUUUCGUUAACAUGAUUGAAACUGGGUCUAAAAGAAGUUAUCUGGUGCUUCCAUCGCACACUUUCCUUAUAGCACUAUUGAAUAAGGUUGAAGAACAGUCAUUUCAAGACUGCAUUUGGCCUGUUCUGAAAGGCAGAAUAAAACCUUUAACUGAACUUUCUCUGGAAACAUUACACUUUGUGCUCUUGGCUCGCAAUCUGUACCCACAUGUUGUGAAGAAGAAAUUUUUGCUCAGCCACAUUGGUACCCCUGCAGUAAUUCAUGAGGAUUCUGUAGAGACUUGUGCCAAAAUUUUAAUGACUGUUAGGAAUUUCUCUGAUUACUAUCAUCCAGUCCAUGAAGAAUUUUGCAAGCAGCUGUCAAAGUCUUCAUUGUUGUCAUUAUUCUGGGAACGGGGUGUUGAAGAGCAGCUUGAGAAACCAAGUGAAAGCAAAAAGUAUAUAGCAGUGGAAAUUUUCUAUUAUGUCUUGAAGCAUAUUGAAGAUAAAUCACAGGUUGCGAGCAUGUUAACACCAAGAUUCGUGGAUAUGGUAGUGAGAAUUCUGGAAAAAUUAGCAAAGAAAGUAGUGGCCAAAACAGACUGUGUUUGUGCAAGGACUUAUGAUGUUUUUGUAUCGUGUAUGCUGUCAAAUCUAAGGGGCAAUGAAGUUAAAGACAAGGCUAUUGUAACAAUAAUAAAAAAACUAACCUUCAGCACUGGUGGAGAGUUCAUGUUUGACAGAGUAACAGGAACAAAGGUGAUACAAAAUUUGUUGGGUAUGUUGAAGGCACGUGGUGUGAAGAAAAUUGCAGGUCUGUUCAAAGCUGUGAUAUCAGGCACCAGUGAAAAAAGUGGUGGGUUGGCUGGGGAGGAGCCAAGGCCUUGGAAUAAUAAGGAACGAAUGUAUGCUGCAGAUCUGUUUGCAAGGAUUUUGGGUCUGCCAGCUGUGAUGGGAGAUGUUGAAUGGAAGAGGGAACAAAUACAGUUCUUGUUUCAGAAGGGUUUCUUCUAUCCUCACUCUAAGGAGAAGGACUUUUCUCCUGUUGGUGGUUUAUUGGCAGACUCAGUGCAGCAAAGCUUCUUCCGGAUAAUUAAUCAGCGCCUGUCCAAGAUGGAAGAUGUCCGAACACUGCUCAGGUUAUUGGUGCAUGAUGUAGACAAAAUGAUAGCAGGAGGAGAAUUCUUACUAAGGCAACCAUUGACACAGGAGACACUUGGUGCAUGGCAAAAAUUAAUUGAAACAUCUGCCCGACUGCAACAGGAGAUUGAGGCUGGGAGUGGAGUGAUGUUGGCCCCUGUAUUUCACACCAUGUUCUUGUACAUGGGCCUCCAACUAUUGGCAGACCCCAAAAUGGCUCAGGAUGCCCUGGAGGAGUUACAUGGUUGUUAUGAAAGGGUAGAAAAGGAGCAGGAAGAAAGUAAUAAAAAAAGAAAGAGAGCUCAGACAGAAGGGAAUGAGGAAGAGGAACCUUUGUGGGUUGAAGUGGCAGUGGAUUUGAUCUUGUCGCUGUUGUCACGAAGCUCAAAUAUCCCAAAGAACAUGUUGGAUAUGUUUUUCUUUCAUCUCUGCCCACACCUCACAGGGCCUGCAUUAAGUCAAAUUACAAAGGUACUGGAUCCGACUGCUGAAGAUAAUCCACUCACACACUCAAGCACUAAAGAGGAAGAAGAUAUUGAUGAAAAUAGUGAAUCAGAAGAUGAUGAUUCAGGUAGUGAAGAAUCUGAGUCUACUCUAGAGGAUGAAGAAAAUGAUACAGUAAAUGACAAACUGCGGAUAGCUGUUCGUGAUGCUUUGGGUUCUGCUGCGCCUCUUACAGACACGGAAUCUGUUGAUAUUGAUGACAUGGAUGAAGAAGAAGGUAGACGUCUUGAUAAUGCUCUGUCUGAGGCAUUCAGCAUGCUCAAAUGUUCUAGGACAAACAAAAAGUCCAAGAAACAAUUAAAUGACGAUCAAAUGCUCAUGCACUUUCGGAUUCGAGCAAUAGAUCUGCUAGAGAUAUACAUGAAAUCAGAACAUUUAGGAACAGAAGCUUCUUUGUCAUUGUACAUUGACAUCAUGUUAGUUCUGUUCAGUUUGCUGGAGUACUGUAUCAAAGACCUGCAUCAGAAACCACUAGAAAACAGAGUGAGAUCAUGUUUGAAGAGAUUGUCAUCUGCAAAGAAAAAUGUGUCACUGGAAGGUGUGACAGAAGAAACAAUUGCAGAUGCAUUGAAACGGUUGAUGGAAAAGGGAGAGAAGACAUCAGGUCCCAUCUUUCUGGACAUGGGGCCUAAAGUGAUUGAAUGCUGCACUUUUCUUGUAUGGAGCUCACAGCACCUGAGACAGCAGUCCGCAUCAAAUAAUGAACAAUACAAAGGAACAUCACCUAUUACAGCAAUUUACAAGAAUGCAUUAAUAACCUUUUUCACUAAAAGGGAUUGUCUUCAUCAACCUGGACUCUUCAGAUCAGUGCUGACAAAUGUGUGGGAAGGCAAUUGGACACUUGUUCCAGUUAUCAUUAAUUUUGCGUUUGAUCCAGAAGUCAGACCAUUUCGGCGAAACCAAGCACUAGAUCUCCUGGUUGCUUUCUUUAAUAACCGAAGACUAAGGAUUGUUCCAGAGUUGGCACAUAAUGUAGAGCCUAGAUUAGCAGAAAUAGAAAAAUUGCUUUCAGAAAAUGCUGUCAGAUGGUUGCAGACUCAAGUGGCGGGCAACUCUGAGGGUCAAAAGAAUAACAUGGGACGUGGAGUAAAGCAGAAAUUUGUUCGCCAGUUGUUGACGUUAUUGUUUACUGUGUGGCAGUUGUACAGCCCUGAUAAGAAAGGAGGACCCAAUGUAGAUUGGUCAGCUCUUGGAUCGACACUGAUGAAUUACAGGGAGAGAUUUGAAUUAUCAGCAGAUGCCAAGACAGGAUUCAACAAACUGGCAAGAGUUUUGGGUAUUAAAUGGGUACCUACUCAGAAAGGAAAGAUGUUAGCAAAUGAAAGAAAAUCACCCAGCUCCUAUCUGUCACAUUCUGAUGAGGAAGGUGGAAAUGUUGGGGUUAUAGACACUGAUAGUGAUACAGGUUCACAAAAAGGUGGCAAAGAUGCUAAAGAGGAUCAGGCCAGGAAAAAACCCAAUAAGAAAGAAAAAGGAAAGCACAAAAAGAAGUCUGAGGAUAAAGCCAAGUUAAGGAAAGAGGCGCAGGAACUGCGAUUGGCUUCUUUGUCUGAAGGACUUGGAAAUGUUACAUUCUCUGAUUUGAACAGUGUUGAAACUGAUAAUGAAGGUAGUGAGAUAGAGAAAUCAGUGAACAAAACACAUAAUGGAUUUAUAAAUGGUAAAAGUACAGAGACAAGCAAAAUUCUUAAGAGGAAAGCUAAUGAAAUUGAACAUGAUAUUGCGACAAGCAAAAAGAUGAGAUAAAAUGAAGUGAGUUAUAGUUCAGUUUCUGUUGGUGAUGACUGAAUGAAUUUAUGAUUAUGUCUGUAUUCCAGAUUAUGGCAAUGUGCAAAAUACUCUUAUUUUCCAUGGCAUUAAAGGGAAUAUAUGUAAUUUUA